CCCCUUCCCGCUGGCCGGCUCGGAGGCCGUUUCGGUGGGGCUCCCGGGACUCCAGGGAAUGGUGAGGAGUUUUUGCCAAGAUGGAUCCUCUCCUGGAGUGGGUGGAGAAAGACCUGUGCAUUGACCGCAGCCAGCUGCUGCCCAGGAGCUCCCACGUCGUGGCUCUGGUGCCCGUAAAGUGGCUGGCAAGCCUAAAGGAGCGAGGGGUGCUGCCUGUUCUGUGCCCACAUCCCGAAGGCCUCAGCGAGAUGGAAGUUCACACAUGUCUCCAGCACUCGGUUCAGAAGCUGCCCACGGGCUGGACCCGAGUGGAAGUCCAUGGGCUGCGGAAAAACCAGCUGCGCUAUCAGCUGACUGCAAACCCCAACGGGCCGAGAGAGGCUGCGGGGGGUCCAGAAACGCUGCAUGAGUUCAUGCACAAGGUGGCUUCCCAGAACUGUAAGAAUGUAUGGAAGCAAGCCCACCGCUCAUACGUCCAGCGCUACCACCCUGCCCCGGCUCCGGCCUCUGUUUCGGCCCUGGAGGGGCUCCGGGCUGCCCUCCAGAGGCUCUACUGCUGCCCGUUUGUCCAUGUGGGGAGGCCCCCCUCCUGCUCCUCUCCGGUGAAAGAGGAGGACUCCUCUGGCAGUGCCCUCCCACUCUUCACCAGCGUGCUGCCGGCCGAGGCCGUGCUGGAGUCCUCGGAGAUGCUCUAUGUCGUCUUCCCGUACGUCUGGUACUCGCUGCGCGACCUGGUCACCUUCAGCCCAGCCAAGCUGAUGAACAGCCACGCCAAGCUGCUCUUCAUCCUUUUCCAGGUCCUGCUGGCCAUGCAGGCCUGCCACGAGGCAGGGCUGGCAUGUGGCGUCUUCUCGUUGGAGGAUGUAUCAGUGGACGAGAAGCUGUGUGCCCGGCUCAGGGUUCCGCUUCGAGGGUACGAGCAGCUGGCUCAGGAGGAGCAGCAGCUGGGUCAGGGAGGAGCUGGGGCAGCAACCUCCAGCGAUCCUGGCCAGGACCCCGCGGAGGACCGUGCUGCUUCCGUGGCUGCAGAAGGGUCGCUGGCCUCGUGGGGCCUCGGGGGCCUGGUGCUGGACUGGGUGCACGGCCGCCUCAGCAACCUUGACUACCUCAUGCACCUGAACCGUUUGGCUGGGCGGCGCCUGGGGGACCCCAACUAUCACCCUGUGCUGCCCUGGGUCAUGGACUUCACCUCCCGAGGCGGCCAGUUCCGGGACCUGCGGAAGUCCAAGUUCCGCCUCAACAAGGGGGACAAGCAGCUGGACUUCACCUACGAGAUGACCAAGCAAGCCUUUGUGGCGGGGAGCGGCCUCAGUGGGGAGCAGCCUCACGUGCCCCAUCACAUCUCGGACGUCCUCUCGGACAUCACAUAUUACGUCUACACGGCCCGGCGGACUCCCAAGGCCGUGCUCUGCUCCCAUGUCCGGUCCCAGUGGGAGCCCAACGAAUACCCAGCCAACCUGGAGCGCAUGCAGGGCUGGACUCCAGAUGAGUGCAUCCCUGAAUUCUACUUGGACCCCACUAUCUUCAAGUCCAUCCACCCUGACAUGCCGGAUCUGGAGGUGCCGGCCUGGUAUGGCUCCUGCGAGGAGUUUGUUGUCGCCCACCGUGCCCUGCUGGAGAGCCCAGAGGUGUCUCGGGACCUGCACCACUGGAUUGACCUCACCUUUGGCUAUAAGCUGCUGGGCAAAGAGGCAGUCAAGGAGAAGAACGUCUGCCUUCACCUGGUGGAUAACCACACCCACCUCACUAGCUACGGGGUGGUGCAGCUCUUUGACCAGCCCCACCCCCGGCGGCUGGUGGGAGCUGCCCUUCUGCCUGCUGAGGCACCUCUCUUUGCCCGUCCUCUCAUCCCUGCCGUCCAGGAAACACGCGUGCUGGAAAACCCCAAGGGCGGUCAGACGGCUGGUGGGCUUGUCGUAGGCGCAGCUACCUGCGAGGACAGACUGGGGCUGAGCGGGGAAGAGGAGGUGGAGCAGGGCGCAGAGGCCCUGGAGUCUGUCCCGGCCACUUGCCGAGGCCCAGAACUGCCUGGCCCCUCCGCCCAGGUUCCUGGCUUUCCUGCAGACAGCAAGCAGCUCAUCUGGAAGACCAGGGCCCCUGCAUCCAUCCUCCAGGCGGAGGGGGCAGAGGCAAAGAUUGUCCUCCCCGAGGGCUACAAGCUGCUUCAGGCCUUGGAGGAGCUAGAGAAGCUGGACGCGUUCUUGCUGAAGGCCUUGCACGGCACGGUGGGCCGCCUGGAGCAGCCCCCAUCACGGCUCCCGGUUGCGCUCUCCGACCUUUUCCAAAGGGACAUGCAGGUGCUGGGGACCCUGGUGGGUGAGAUCAUCUUUGCUGCCAAGCUGCGCACCUCCAAGCCAUCGACACCGCUGCAGGAGCGCUUUCAGGCCGUCCGGGAGCUCUGCCACUUUCACCCCAAGGAGGUCCCCCCUCCGCUCCAGCAUCUGCUGGAAGUGCUGCUGCGGCUGAAGGUCCCCAACGCUCAGCUUCUGACGGAUGCUCAGGGCAGCUCGGGGAGCAGGGCGCCCCAGCUCUUUGCCUACGAGCCUGUCUGGCACGGCCUCCCUCCUCCGUGCCCGUCACAGCUGCUGAGCCCUUUCAGCGGGGUCCUGCCCUUCCCAGCCUACUUCCCCCCGCUCCACGGGUUCAUCCUCACCUGCCUGGCCCAGGAGGCCGGGGAUGAGGGGCAGGGCCGGGACUUGGUGUUCCAGCUGUGGCAGCAGUUGGGCAGAGUUCUGAGCGGCAUCUCCCCCGAAGGCCUGGAAAUCCUGCUGCCCUUCAUCCUGGCCCUGCUGUCGGAGCAGAGGACGGCUGUCCACGCGGCCUGGUACCUCUUCGAGCCUAUUGCCAAGGCCUUGGGCCCCAAGAACGCCAACAAGUACCUGCUGAAGCUCUUGAUUGGGGCCUACGAGAGCCCCCGUGGCCUGCAUGGCCGCUUCUACCUCUACACAGACUGCUUUGUGGCCCAGCUGAUGGCUCGGCUGGGGCUGCAGCCCUUCCUUGCUCACCUGCUGCCCCACAUCCUGCAGGUGCUGGGGGGCGCAGAGGGCUCUUCCCAAGAGGAGAGCAAGGCCCUGCUGCUGGGCGUGGCGGAGGAUGAUGAUGGUGACGGGAGCGGCAGGAGCAGCCCGGAGCCUUGCUCUUUCAGGGAGGAGGCCAAGGGGGACGCUGGCCUGGAGCUGGUGAAUUACAUGUCUGGUGUCAGCCUGCAUGACCAGGCGUACCUGCCGGAGAGCGAGGAGCUUCAGAACGGCCUUUACUUGGCCGAGGCCCUCAGCCUGGGCCAGUUGGGGGACAAGAGUGCUGCUGGCAAGGGGUUGCUGGGGGAGGACCCAAGGGACAAAGCCAGCCUCCAGUGCCUGGGCAGCAGCCAAGACCUGAAACACAGCGAGGAGGAAGAGGAGGAGGCGGUGGAGGAGGAGGUGGAGGAGGAGGAGGACAGGGAAGGAGGCCGCAAGGAGGCCGCAUCGGUCACGGAAGAGCUGGUCCUCCCCACCCCUGCUAGCAGCUCUGUGGAGGCUGGCCUGGCUGAGGAAGACGGGGAGGCAGAGUCUGGGGAGGGCCGGCAGGAUCUGCUGGGCCAGGAUGUUGACAAAGAGCAGAGUAUCCUGCUAGACACAGCCUGCAAGACAGUGCGGUGGCUCUCAGUCAAGCUGGGCCCCACCACAGCCUGCCGGUAUGUCGCCAGGAACCUGCUCCGGCUGCUGGCCUCCUGCUACCUCGGUGCAAGCCAGCAACAGUUCGUGGCUGGAGCCGAAGAGGGCGGUCCCCUGAACGCUGGAAACAUAGACCGAAGGCGGCCCGUGGCAGGUGACGUCGUAUCUGAGCCGGUGCUCGCUUGCCUGGUCCACAUAGCGCACCUCUAUGGGGAGCCUGUCCUCACCUACCUUUACCUGCCCUACAUCAGUUACCUGGUCACUCCUGGUGGCGGGGCGGCGGCUGGACGAUUGAACAGCCGCAAGGAAGCUGGGCUGUUGGCAGCCGUGACGCUCGCCCAGAAGAUCGUGGUCCAUCUGUCGGACAGCACCCUCAUGGACAUCCUGCCCAAGAUCAGCCAGGAGGUCCUGCUUCCCCUUCUUGGCUUUCUCACGUCACCCGCCAUCAGUUUCCCCAGUGGGGUCCAGGGCCGGAUCGCCUUAUGCCUCAAAACCAUCAGCUUCACGGUGCUGGUUUGUUUGCGGAUCGGACCCGAGAUGGCGCAGCAGCACCUGCGCGACACUCUCCGGAGGUUCUUCGAAACCUUCUCCUUGCUGCCGUUGGAAUCGGCCCGGUUGCUGUCUUCAGACUCCUCUGUUCUUCUGGAGCUCCAGAAGGUUUUCAGUCCAGAGAUGGCCUACGUUGCCUUCGUGCCCUUCUCUCACGUGUUAGGUGAUGCCAUUCACACGAUUGUCCCAAAUCACGCCUUGAUUGGGCAACUGGCCAGCAUGUACCUGGACCACACGGAUCCCAGGAGCCCCUUGUCUGAAAGGCGGGCAGCCGCCGGGCUGGGCCGGGCCUUCUCAGACCAAGAGACCGUGGGCGGGGAGCCCUUCUCCAGCCUGCCUGAGGACACAAACUCCGGCACCUUUGGGAGCGUGCUGGUCGGCAACCGCAUCCAGGUCCCCUCCGAAGCCCAGCAGGAGUUCUCAAGCAGGCCCAGUGGUGGCCUGUGCCCCAAGGUGGGGGGGCAGGAGGAGGAGACACCGAAGCAGGAACUGCGGCGCAGCGCCCACCUCCUCUGUGGCAACUGGCUGGCUUACUGGCAGUACGAGAUCGGGGUCAGCCAGCAUGAUGCCCGCUUCCACUUCCACCAGAUCAAACUGCAGAGCUUUGUGGGCCACGGGGGUGCCAUCAAGUGCGUGGCCCCUCUGGGUGGAGAGGACCUCUUCCUGAGCGGCAGCAAGGACAAGACCGUGCGCCUCUGGCCCCUUUAUAACCGGGGGGAUGGCACCCAUGAGACCAGGGCCCGGCUGACCUAUGACCGGCACAAGAAGUCUGUCUUCUAUGUUGGUGUGCUGGAGGCCCCUCAGCACGUGGUCAGCUGCGAUGGCACCAUCCACAUCUGGGACGCCCCCACCGGCAAAGCGGUUCGCGCCUUCGAGGCGCUGGACUCCAAGGCGCCUGUCACGGCCCUGAGCAUCAUGCCUCCUCCGUAUGCCAGUGUCUGCGUUGCCAGCGCGGACUCGGCGCUUCGCUUCAUUGACCACCGGAAGCCAGGCUGGCAGCAGGAAUUCCGACUGGCCAGCGGACCGAACGCCGGACUCAUCCGCUGCCUGGCUGUCAGUCCUAGUGGGCGUAGUGUAGCGGCCGGCUUCUCCUCUGGCUUCAUGGUCCUUCUGGACACCAGAACGGGCCUGAUUCUGAGAGCGUGGUCAGCACACGAGGGAGACAUCUUGCAGGUCAAGGCCACAGAGGGCAACAUGCUGGUCAGCUCCUCCUCUGACCACUCUCUGACCAUCUGGAAAGACCUGGAGCAGAAGCCCCUGCAGGUGUACAAGUCGGCCUCGGAGCCUGUCCACACCUUUGACCUCUACGGCAAUGAGGUGGUGGCUGGCACUGUGGCCAACAAAAUCGGCGUCUAUGCAUUACAGGAGCUCUCGGCCCCCAGCAUCACCAAGCUGAGCUCGGAGAACUUCCGAGGGACCCUCACAAGCUUGGCUGUCCUUCCCACCAAAUGCCAUCUCCUGCUGGGGUCGGACAACGGCACUGUCCGGUUGCUGGCGUAGCCCCUGCUUCUGGAUGUGGAAGCGGGGCAGCUGGUGGCUGGCCGACAGUCGUGGGGACCAGAUGCCUUGGGGAUGCCUCCUUCCCCAGUCCGGCUGCUGGGCAGCCUGGGAAAAGCCAAGAUUCUCCCAUCACCUUAUGUGCCUGAUGCUCCGUGGGGACCGGACAGAAUCCCUCAGGACGCUCGGGGGGCCGCCCCCUUCUCCUUGUCUCCAUGCGGCAUUCUUCCUGCUCUAACUUGGGGGGUUGGCAGGAGUGUGGGGGAAGGAGGAACAGCAGCAGGUCACCCAGAUCCCACAGCUUUUGGGGGGUGGCACAGGAGCGUCACGCUGUGCUGCUCCCUCCAGACCCUUCCAACUGCUGAUCUCACCUCUUGGGGAAGGGGCUCCUGGGCAGCAAGGAGCUUUUGCCCCCCUUCCCGGCUCUUCCCGUUGUUGGCCUAGAGUUGGAAGCAGACACACCUGCCCUUUGCUGAGCCACGGAGCCCUCUCUCUGCCAAGGGUGUGCCCUGGUCUUCCCCCAGCGGGGGGCCAGAAACUGCCUCGCCUGGACAGUAUCUGAGCCUUUGGUCUGAGGGGGUGCUGGCUCCACCGUGGAGGUGUGAUGGAAACGCCCUGGGGCUGGAGUGGGGGCGGGUCCGUUGAGCCUUGCCCUCCCACGUGGGGAGGGGCCUCUCCGGAGCAGGGCCGGUCCGGCUCUGUAAGCACUUUGCAUCCGUUCCCUGGGACCAGCGGGCGGGAGCAAGUUCUCGUGGCUGAUGGAACGGAUUGCAGUAGAUAAAUACAAACAUCCUGCGCAA